UCUCUCUCUGUUUCUCGCUCUCUCCCUCUCUAGUCUCUCUCUCUCUCUCUAUAUAUAUAUAUAUCUCGUUGUCCCCCUUUCUCUAUUCCCCCUCUCUGUUUCUCUAUUCCACAUUCAGGUAUUCCUUUCUCUCUAUCCCUCUCUUUCUUCCCUCACCAUCGCGGAUCUAGGGUUUAAUUUUAUUUUUGAUGUUGUAGAAUUUUGAUAAAAUCAUUUUAGGGUUUUAUUCUUUUUCUACAUUUGAAGCAUAUAUGAGCUCCAAGUUCUGCUUAAUUCCACACUUUUGUUGCUCCAAGUCGUAAUUUCGAUCAUUGUGUACAUCGAGAAGCAAUUGAUCAGUUCAAAUCAUUGAUAAAGCUGUUCCAGAAGUAACUUGGGGUCCUUCAAGUUAUAAUGAUUCAAUGGAAUUAUGGAAGUUAAUUUUCACUUUGGGCUCUAUUUUUCUCAAGGGAAAGUAACGCCGUAUCUGUCUCUUUUGCACUAGUUAAUUAUGGUGGAUUAUGAGGUUAAUAUAUGUACUGGCAAAUUGGAAACUUUAAACCAUUGUGGUAAAGAACAUUUCAUGUCUAAUCUUUCCAUGCUGUUGCAGUGGUCUCCAUAUUCAACAGAAGCAGAACUUCUGCAACAAUUGCAGGCAGACAAAGUGAAAAGGCAGAUGACUGUAUCUAAUGGAAAGCUUUCUGUGGGUUAUUCAGCACCAGAGUACGCAAUAAGAGGCCAGUCGACACGUAAAGCAGAUGUAUACAGUUUUGGCGUUCUCCUCGUCAAGAGAGUUAGUGGGAGAAGCAACAGAAAUACAUGAUUACCCGUUGGAGAACAGUAUCUUCUUUGAAAGGGUAUGACAUUGUUAAUUGUUUCCGCAAACAUAGUCAUUGUUUUUGCAUUAAACAAUGAUUACAUGUGUCAGUGAUAUUAAUAAAUGACAAACAGUAAUCCAUGACCCAUCAGUUCAAAAACUUGAGAUAAUUCUCAUUUGUAAGUAAAUGAGACAAAGAAAUUGUAAGUUUUGAUGAAAAAUCUUAAGUAAUGGCCAAGUUUCUUCUGUUCAUCA